AUGUUGUUUGUGGCCAAAGAUGAUGAUCGGGUCUACGGAUUGGGUGCUAAUCUCUACGGAUCACUGGGUUUGGGACACAACCAGUGGGUGAGUGAACCACAAGAAAUCAUUGAAUUGUCAAAUAAAAAGUGUAUUAAAUUCAUAAACGGAAGUGAAUUCAUUGUUUGUCUGACAAAUUAUAACGGUGUCUAUAGUUGUGGUAAAGAUCGAAAUGGACAGUUAGGUCGGGGAAGUGAUAGCAAUAAAUAUAAGAAACCAAUGAUUAUACAAAUCAAUGCAAACAAUGAUUUGAUACGUGAUAUGAGUUGCGGUUUAUAUCAUACAUUAGUUGUAACCGAUAAUAAUGAAGUGUAUGGUUGGGGUCGCAAUCAUUUCGGACAAAUCGGUAGCCGAGACACCACUUGUGAAUCAAUUACUAAACCGGAAAAAAUAAAAUUUAAUGACAAUUAUUGUAUAAAAUCUGUUCACUGUUUUGAUAACUCAUCGUUUGCACUGACAAGUGAUGGACAGGUGUUUAGUUGGGGUCAAAAUCGUUGCAAUCAAUUGGGACUUAAUUGCAAUAAUCUAAUUAUAUGUAGACCACAGUUGAUAUGUAAUCUAACGGGUAUUACAUCCAUCCAAUCGGGUGCAGGAAAAACAUAUUUCAGUAGUGAUUUCAAUUAA